GUUUAAACGGGAAAUCAGAUUGGACAUCUAACUACUUGGGCCCAUAAUCUUAUUGGACCAGGCCGAGUUCUAGACAGUUCGGUUGGAACUAUCUCUUGUCGUAAUCGGGUGGCGAAACGAAAACCCUCGGAUUCCUCUGCUUCUUUCUCUCCCGUCGUCACUUUCGACCUCUGAUUCCGGUCUUGUUCCUUUCACUCGCGUUAAACCUCUUACCUUGAGGCGCUGUCUCCGUGAGCUCUCUCUGAUUCGACUGCAACCAUGUCGACUAUCAUGCAGAAGAUCAAAGAGAUCGAAGAUGAGGACGCAGAAGAAUAAAGCCACUGCGCAUCAUCUGGGUUUGUUAAAGGCCAAACUUGCUAAGCUAAGGAGGGACCUUCUUGCACCACCUACCAAAGGUGGUGGUGGCGCUGGCGAAGGUUUUGAUGUGACCAAAAGUGGAGAUUCUAGAGUUGGACUUGUUGGCUUUCCUUCGGUUGGAAAAUCCACACUCUUGAACAAGCUCACUGGAACAUUUUCCGAGGUUGCUUCUUAUGAGUUCACAACGUUGACAUGCAUUCCCGGAGUUAUUACAUACCGUGGAGCUAAACUUCAGUUAUUAGAUCUUCCUGGUAUUAUUGAGGGUGCUAAGGACGGAAAAGGUAGAGGACGACAGGUUAUAAGUACUGCUAGGACUUGCAACUGCAUUAUAAUAGUUCUUGAUGCGAUAAAACCAAUAACUCACAAGCGUCUCAUUGAAAAAGAGCUCGAAGGGUUCGGAAUAAGGUUGAACAAAGAGCCGCCUAAUCUUACAUUCAGGAAAAAAGAUAAAGGUGGUAUCAAUCUCACUUCUACAGUCACUACCACACACCUUGACCUCGACACUGUCAAGGCGAUUUGCAGUGAGUACCGGAUGCACAACGCUGACAUCACUCUGCGCUAUGAUGCAACCGCGGAUGACCUCAUUGAUAUAUGGGAAUACUUGGAUCUAACUCGAAUCUACACCAAACCGAAGGCAAUGAAUCCAGAUUAUGAUGAUCCUGUUAUCUUAUCUUCCAAGAAGAGAACAGUUGAGGACUUCUGCAUCAGGAUUCACAAAGAUAUGCUUAAACAGUUCAAGUAUGCUUUAGUCUGGGGUUCAAGUGCCAAACACAAGCCACAGAGAGUUGGAAGGGAACACGAGCUCGAAGACGAGGAUGUUGUUCAGAUUGUUAAAAAGAUAUGAUUUUUCCAGUUCAUGGAGAAGUCAUAAGACCAAAGUAGCCACAGUGAGAUCUCUAUACAGAAGAUGGUUUGGAUCUUCUUUUUGGUCUCUCAGCUUAUCUUUUGUACUGUAUUAUAUCCAGAGAAAAUCUGUGCCAGCACUGUUUCUUUUUUUCUUGUUUGAUCUAUUUCUAAUGAUAGCAUGUGAUUGAUGUUUUCUUCGGAACACCUCUAAAGAUUUCUGGAUAUGGUUUUGCCUAGAUAUUCUCCUUGUCUUUAUGUAUACAACUUGACUAGUUUUUUUAUUUUGAAAAGCUGAAAAAUUAUCGACUUUCAUUGCAGUGAGUCAGUGACUGACUUGAGGUUCUGUGAUGCAACUCGACCUGUCGUUUACAUUUAUUAGUGAAGCGAUGGUCAUUUUGUUACUCGUCGUCAACAAAAUUUUCUCAACCACUACUUUUUUUUGUUAAAAUGUUACCUUGUGUAGUCGUUAUACAUGCUGAAACUGUUGAUUACAAAUAUCCUAAAAUUUGGGAUAAAGAGCUUUUUGCAAACCUAAUCUCAAUUACGCAUUAAGAUCUUCUGCUCCUUUCGUUCUU